ACGCGGUUGGAGAUUAAAUGACGAGCCUUAAUCUUGGCCGUUCAUUUCCCGCCGGCGCUGGCCGGAGAUUAGAGCGGCUGCCGCAGAAUUCAGCCACUCCCCUGAGAAUCUCAUGUUCGAGCUCUCUCCACCCAAAUAAGUUUAAGAGGGCGUACACUAGUGUGAUGAUAGUGCCAACUGGAGUAGGAGCAGCGAUUGGCGGCUAUGCGGGGGAUGCUUUGCCAGUAGCUCGAGCUCUGGCCUCUGUUGUUGACUGCCUCAUCUCUCAUCCCAAUGUUCUUAAUGCAGCCAUGCUUUACUGGCCAAUGCCGAAUGUGCUAUAUGUUGAGGGCUAUGCACUGGAUAGAUUUGCUCAAGGGCUUUGGGCACUGGAACCAGUUCAUCAAAAUAAGGUGGGGCUAGUUCUUGAUUCAGGGAUAGAGGAAGACCUUCGCCUUCGCCAUUUGCAGGUGGUGGAUGCAACAAGGGCUUCUCUUGGUCUGCCUGUUGUACAAUAUACUGUGACAGAUGCUGCGCUACAGGUGGAAAAGUGGGUUGACCCCAAGACUGGACAAUCGACUGGGAGGAUAAACCGUCCUGAUUCCCUAUUGAGGGCUGUGGGGACAUUGGUAGAGAGAUGUGGUGUGAAUGCCAUAGCAGUUGUAGCUCGCUUUCCAGAUGAUGAGGACGAUGAUGAUGUAGACAAUUAUCGACAAGGAAAGGGAGUUGAUGUUUUAGCAGGUGUAGAAGCGGUGAUAAGUCAUCUAGUGGUGCAGAAAUUUGGGAUUCCUUGUGCGCACGCUCCUGCAUUGUUACCUUUUCCACUGAGUCCUCGUUUAUGCCCAAAAUCAGCUGCAGAAGAGAUAGGGUAUACGUUCUUGCCGUGUGUGCUUGCUGGGCUGAGUAGUGCCCCACAGUACUCGUUGUCCGGGAAUUCCAAGAAUAGUAUAGUAGGUAGCGACGUUGACAGUGUGAUUCUGCCGAUUGAUGCUUGUGGAGGAGACGCAGCUCUGGCCUUUGCUAAUAGCAAAACCAACAGGCCACUUAUAGUUGUGGUUGAAGAGAAUCAAACUGUGCUGAAUGAUACAGCUGAUAAGCUUGGGAUUUCAGCGGUGAAGGUAUCAAAUUACUGGGAAGCAAUAGGAGUGAUCGCGGCUCAUAAAGCAGGAAUUGACCCCAAUUCUCUCAGGAGGGAUGGAAUCAACUGCAUACCUUCUUCAAUUCCAUCCAGUCUCAUACCACUUAACUCCUUGUGUUGAUUUUUCCACUCUUUUUGCCUUCAAAUAUUCUUUUGUAUUGCAAUCACAAAAUGCUUAAGCAACUCCUAAUUUACCACUUCAUUCCACGA